AUGUCUCGUCAUCCGCGCACAGUUUCGGCGUCAGAGCCGCUGUCGCCCGACCUCGUAGCCUUUAUACGCGAAUCCAUGGAAAACCAACUGAAAUUCGAUCCACCCUACGUGUUCGUGAUAUUCGGUGCAUCUGGUGAUUUAGCGAAGAAGAAAAUUUAUCCGACUUUGUGGUGGCUAUGGCGUGAUUCUCUUCUUCCGUCCAAUAUCACUAUCGUUGGAUACGCUCGAUCAAAUCUGACGAUGGAAAAAUUGCGAGCAUCGUUUGAAAAAGCUUGCAAGGUUCGUGACAUCGAACAAGAAAAGUUUGAAGAAUUCAUUGGGAAGUGCAUCUACUUGCGUGGCAUGUACGAUAAACCGGACGGUUUCAAGAAGUUGCAAGUAUUCAUUGACGAGAUCCAAAAGAAAAGCAAUGAUCAACCGGUGAACCGUCUCUACUAUCUCGCACUUCCACCAGCUGUCUUUGAGCCAGUCACUACCGAACUGAAAGAACAUUGCAUGGAUUACGGUGAUUCAUGGACGCGUGUGAUAAUUGAGAAGCCUUUUGGGCAUGAUUUGGAGUCAUCGUCGAAGCUUUCUAACCACUUAUCGAAGCUUUUUAGAGAGGAGCAACUUUAUCGCAUCGAUCACUAUCUCGGCAAGGAAAUGGUGCAGAACUUGAUGGUCCUGCGAUUUGGCAACCGCUUCCUUGGACCGUCGUGGAACAGAGACAAUAUCGCAACGGUGACAAUAUCGUUUAAGGAGAAUUUUGGGACCAAAGGAAGAGCAGGGUAUUUUGAUACAGCCGGCAUCAUAAGGGACGUGAUGCAGAAUCAUCUGAUGCAGAUACUAACUUUAGUGGCCAUGGAAAAACCGGCUAGUUUGAAUGCGGAGGACAUCAGAGAUGAAAAAGUGAAAGUUCUGAAAGCAAUCAAACCGGUGAAGUUGAAAGAUCUCGUUCUCGGACAGUACGUAGCAAACCCGGAUUCUGAACAUCCAGAGGCUUCAUCAGGAUAUAAGGACGAUGAAGACGUGCCGGAGGACUCAAUAACUCCUACAUAUGCAUUAGCUGUCCUUCACGUCCAUAACGAGCGAUGGGAAGGAGUUCCGUUCUUUUUGCGUUGUGGAAAAGCGCUUAACGAAAACAAAGCGGAAGUGCGAGUGCAGUUCAAAGAAGUGAAUGGUGAUAUUUAUCCUCCUGGCGAGUUGAAGAGGAGUGAGUUUGUCAUGAGGGUCCAACCAAACGAAGCUGUUUACCUCAAAUUAAUGACCAAGAAGCCUGGCAUGGGAUUUGGUGUAGAAGAGUCGGAGCUUGAUCUCACUUAUAACGCGCGAUACAAGGAAACUCGUUUACCCGACGCCUAUGAACGUCUUUUCCUCGAAGUUUUCAUGGGAUCUCAAAUCAAUUUUGUUCGAACCGAUGAGCUUGAGAGAGCUUGGAAAAUUCUCACACCAGUCCUAAAGGAAAUCGAAGAAAAACGAGUACAACCUGUUGAAUACAAGUUUGGAAGUCGUGGUCCCAAAGAAGCAGACGAAAUGAUGCAAGCUUACGGCUACGUGUUCACGGGAACGUAUAAAUGGGUGUCUCCGAACAAGUUAUGA